GCGGCCAGUUCUUCCCGUGUCCAGCAGUCUCAGUAAUUAUAUAUGAUUUCAGUCUUAUUUAAACACUCAAUGUGCACAGUCGUGAAAUAAAAUUGAGCUCUAAAUUAAAUAUUGCAAAAGAGGAUACUUGGAUUAACAAUAUGGUGUUUAUGGAAUUGGGACUAGUGUCCUUGCUACUCCUGUAUAUUUUCUACAAAUGGGCCACUCUUAAAUACAAUACUUUCAAAGAGCGUGGCGUGCCAUACGAAGAGCCUUGGCCCCUAACUGGCAACGCCGGGGCAGUCGUAUUAAACAGGGAAGGUAUCAAUAAGACCAUAUUGAAAUUUUAUCAACGCAACCGAAAUCAUGAUAUCGUCGGUUUUUAUAAUUUUCGUUCACCAAUGUUUGUGGUUCAGAAUCCAGAUUACAUCAAAAAGAUGACUGUAAAGGACUUUGACUUCUUUGUAAAUCAUGUACCGUUCUUUAAAUCCGAAGAAGAUGCUCUCAUUGACGGAAUGCUGACCGUGAUGAAGGACCAGCGCUGGAGGAAUAUGCGCAACACACUUUCACCGAUCUUUACCGCCGCCAAGAUGCGCACCAUGUUUAGCUUAAUGAACGAAUGUUUCAACGAGAGUUUGAGUCGCCUUCACGACGCAACGAAGGGCGGGAAAAGUCAUGAUAUAGAACUGAAAGGUUGGUUCACACGUUUGUCAAAUGAUAUCAUCGCCUCAACUGCAUUUGGCUUGAAAGUAAAUUCGUACGAGGAUCAAAACAAUGAAUUUUAUUCAAUCGGACAAGGGGUCGUCAAUUUUCGUGGCAAACAAAUGCUCAAGUUCUUUAUCUCAAAUACAAUGCCCAUUGUGCAAAAACUCCUGGGUUUUAAAGUAUUCGAUGCAGAAAAGACGGAUUACUUCAAACGCCUAGUUAUAGAUACCAUGAAGUAUCGACAGGAACACAAGAUACAUAGACCGGAUAUGAUCCAGCUAUUGAUCGAAGCCAAAGAGGAGUCUGAUCAAAAUUGGUCCGAUGACGACUUAGUAGCACAGUGCUUCAUUUUCUUUUUCGCUGCAUUUGAAAAUAAUGCCAACUUCACCGCGGCAAUUUGUCAUGAGUUAAUGGAAAAUCCUGAUGUGCAAGAACGUUUAUACGAAGAGGCAUUGGAAAUGCGUGAAGACCUUAAUGGAAAACCCUUAACCUAUGAGGCAGUGACGAAAAUGAAGUACAUGGACAUGGUCACUUCCGAAACAUUACGCAAAUGGUCCUUUGCGGGAGCGAUUGAUCGCUUAUGUUCUAAAGAUUAUGAUCUCACCGAUGACCAUGGCAAUGUGAUAUUUAAAUUUAAGGCUGGUGACUGUGUAUGGUUUCCGGUGGUGGGAUUGCAUAACGACGAAAGAUACUAUGAAGAUCCCAACUCUUUCAAUCCUGAACGAUUUAGUGAUGCUAACAAAGACAAUAUUAAGCCUUACACUUAUUUACCCUUUGGUGUGGGACCGCGUAUGUGCAUUGGUAAUCGAUACGCACUGAUGCAAGUCAAGGCCAUGAUGUACUAUAUGAUUUUGGACUUCAAGUUCGAACGUUCUCCGAAAACGGUGGAGAAUAUAAUGGACGAUGUUCGUGGAUUCCAAAUUAAUCCUAUUGGUGGGUUUUGGGUCCGGAUAGUACCUCGGAAUCAAUAAUAAGUGAAUCUGUGUAGGUACAAUAUAUUGUAAUAUAUUAUAACUUUGUUAUAUGUAUGCAUGCAUGCAUGUGGAAACAGUAUAAAUAUGUAUAUAAAUGGUGCUGUAAAAAAAUGUAUUGACUUACUUCGCCCGUGUGUUGCAAUUGUUCAAAAAAUAAAUGAAACAGUUUUAAAGUUUGUAAUCGA